AGUUGCAAGGAAAAUUGAAUAGUGUAACAGCGCCUUACAGCAAAACCUUGACUUUAGCCGUAUGUAAUUAUAUACCGAGGAUGCAUGAUGUAGCGCCGGUGAUUGAGUUUAUCGCAAAUCAAAAGUAACAGCAGGUUGGAUUGUUUCUAAGAUCGUUAUAUGACCGCGCGAUGACCAGGUACCUGCUCAUGUGUUUAUCAACUCCCAACAUUUGAAGGUCCGCUUUCGCUUUGAAGUUUCCCAAAUAACUUUCGACUGAUAGCUUUUUUCCGAACGGUAAACUUGAAGCUGGCAAACAUGGAAUAAUUCAGAACAAAAAACGCGCGUUUUCCUCAUGAUAUAUGGUGCGUUGUUACGAUUUGGAAAACCGGUUCAUUUAAUGGUUUUUGAUCAGACAACAGCGUGUGUUGACUUGCUUUGUGGCCGGCGAAUUUCUUCCGGUCCUAUAUAUAAUGAUUUUUAAUGAAAUUGAUGUAAAUAUGCCUGGUUUGGAAGCUGUUUUUGAGCCACCAACUUCGACGAUGCCUGCAUUCAUUUAUCACGAUGUUGAACAUGAACGCGUCAGCAAUCAUGACGUCAUGGGUCACGAGGUUCUCAAAGACGAUGACGCCCCAGUAAGAUUGGAGAUUCGGCAAACCAUUGAGCCUGCAGUCAAUCACGAAUAUAUGUACGAAUAUGGAAAUGGUAGUAAUGCGACAAAGUCGGGUCAGGUGGAAUAUGAAGAUGCGGAAAAACGUCGUGUAAGACGAGAACGAAAUAAACUAGCGGCCUCAAAAUGCAGAAAAAAACGCAAAGACCAUGUACGGAAUCUUGUUGAGUCUUAUGAACAGUUAGAGAUGUGUAACAAAAAUCUGGAAACUGAGAUUGAGAAGUUACACGGUGAGAUCAAGGAGUUGGAGAAAAUGCUCGACACACAUCCGUGUACUCGUUUGCUUUAUACGGAGUCUGGGAACGAUGUCUUACAGUGAUGCGCAGUCACGAUGCG